AUGAAGACCAAACGCGCGAACGAGGCCAAGGAGAUUGAUGAGAACCCCCUCGUUGAGGGAGUCGACGUUCCCGCCAAGAAGCGCAAGCGCACAGCGGAAGACGACUCUGCUGUGGACGGCACGGUGAAGAAGAGCAAGAAGGACAAGAAGGACAAAAAGUCCAAGAAGGGCUCCGAGAGUCGCAAGGAAAGGAAAGAGAAGCGCAAGAACUUGCAGGACCUCCCAGAACAAGAUGACGAAGCCGAAGACGAGCAAGCCAACGAAAAGGUUGUCGCGACCGAGGCCGUAGUCGAAGACGCGGACAAGGCCAAGGCCAAGGCGGAGAAGAAAGCGGCCAAGAAGGCCAAGAAGGAGAAGAAGGUGGAAAGAAAAGCGAAAGAGGAAGCUGGUGCUACGAAUGGCGAGACGACCGCUACCAAUGGAGACGAGGCCAAAGCUGCUGCUGCUGGCGGGAAGGAUGCCAUUGACCUUGAUGCCAGCACCGCAUCGAAAGCUGACCGCCACAUUGUCUUUGUGGGCAAUCUUCCCUUUUCCGCUACGGCUGCGUCGAUAUCGGCUCACUUCUCCUCCCUGAGUCCUGUAGCUGUGCGCUGCUUGAAGAACAAGGGCGACGAAAAGCCGUGCCGAGGCAUUGCCUUUGUGGAAUUUGGUUCCGGGGCGCACAUGAGGACGUGCCUGGACAAGUUUCAUCACUCCAUGUUCGACGAUGGCAAGAGCGCUCCCAGGCAGAUCAACGUGGAAUUGACCGCUGGAGGUGGCGGCAAAGGCCAGAAUCGCAAGAACAAGAUUGACGAGAAGAACGUCAAGUUGGAUGAAAACAGAGCCAAGAGGGUCGAAAAGGAGCAGAACGCCAAGUCGAACAAGGCCAAUGGCACCGCUAAGCCGGAGGAGAAGAAGCAGAAGCCGGAGGCGGACGAUGGGAUACACCCUAGCCGCAGAGGCCAGAUGGCUUGGAGGAAGUGA